AUGAUGGAGAACGCCCAGUCGUUGCCAAGUCGGCAGGAAGCAUUACUCGCCGCUCCUUACACCUCCACGGACUCACAGGCUCCGGCGGGGAGGUUGGAGACGCUAUCGAAGGUACUUGCAUUUUGUCUUAUGGGGCUCUCGCAGGACGCAGCUGAAGCUGUCACGGACGCGGAGAGUCUGCAGCGAAAGUAUGAGGGUCUGGAGGGGGAGUUGCUUUCGGCUCUCAGCGAAAAGUACGGUCAUCCACCGGGAGAGUUUGUCGAGCGGGCGCGGGAGUUGUUGGGCACGUCUAUGAAAAGAGCACCACACGAGCCACGCGCACCACUAACAGAGGUUGAGCGCACGGAAGUGGUUGCUCCUGUGACGGCACUUCAUCCGAUUCUCGCCCGCAUGCAGCUUGAACGAGAGGAGGAGGAUGCAUCGUGGCGGCGGGUUCACGCCGCGGCGAAGGAUAUGCUCAUGUCGCUUGAGGAAAUGGAGGUGCGUGUGGAGGAGCAGGAGAUUGAGUUGGCGCGACUGACCUCUGACCAUUCACGACGGCUGCGUCUGGGGGAGGCGGAGGACGGAAACCCAGAGGCGCUGAGGGCCAACCUGGCUUCAACGGUGACGCACCUGCAAUUGACGCUGCUGCGUCUCCGCGGGGCUACGCAGGUGGACGGUGACAGCGCGGGGGUACUUAGUGAUGUUGAAUACAAGCGACGUAUGUUGAGUGUACAGCAGCGUGAGGAGGAGGAUCUCAUUCAAGUAUACCGGCGGGUGUUGCGUCAGCACCUGACGUCUCAUUCGCUCAGCCCGCUUUGCGAGGAAAUUAGGCGUGUGGACGCGCAGUUACGACAGCUGAUGCCAGAGUCACCCGUCUGA